AUGGAUGCCCCUGCCACGAAGCGCACCCCAGUGCAGACACUUCAAGAGGAGGCUGUGUGCUCCAUCUGCCUCGAUUACUUCACAGACCCUGUGUCCAUCCGCUGUGGGCACAACUUCUGCCGAGAAUGUAUAACUCAGUUGUGGAGUAGGAAGCAGGAAGAGUGGAAUGCGAUCGGAUUGGCUGAGGAGGAGGCUGUGGAAAGCAUUGAAGGGUCGGACGCCUCCAAUUUAGGGGAACAAUUUGAGGGUGACUUGGAGGAGGCCGGUGAGAUCCCAGAUUCCAGCUGGGACAACACAGAUUACAUGUGGGAGGAGGAGGAAGGGGAGGAGGAAGAAGAGGAGGAGGAAGAGGAGGAGCAGGACAGGGAGGAGGAAGAGCAGGAGGAGGAGGAGCAGGACAGGGAAGAGGAAAAUGUUCUAGAAGAGCAUGAGGAAGAGGAACUGCAGCCUGUUAACCCUGUGCUUCCCCCUGAAGUGCCUUGGAGGCUGUUCACCUGCCCUCAGUGCCGAAAGGGAUUUUGUCAGUCAGGCUUCCGCCCCAACGUGGAGCUCGCCAACAUGGUGCAGGUGAUUCGGCAGAUGCAGCCAACCUCUGAGCAUGGGGGGCCUGUAAAUGAGAACAUGUGUCCUAAGCACCAGGAAGCCCUGAAGCUCUUCUGCACCGUAGAUGAAGAGGCCAUCUGUGUGGUGUGCCGCGCAUCCCGGGGCCACAGAAAGCACAGUGUGGUGCCACUGGGGCAGGUGGUGCAGGCAUACAAGGCCCAAUUGCAGGAGCAGCUGGAACCCCUUAGGAGGCACCUGGAGGCUGUGCAGAACCUCAAGGCCAGGGAGGAGAGUCGCUUGAUGGAGGGUAUGAGCCAGAUGAAUGCACAGGUGGCACAUGUGUCCUCAGAGUUUGGGCAGCUGACUUACUAUUUGUACCAAGAGCAGAAAGACCUGGAGAGACACAUGAAAGACCAAUACAGAUGUAAGAUAGGGCAGGCACAGGUGGAAGCCGAGCGCCUGUCAGAGCUGACCACCAAGCUGAGCUGCCUGCUGGCUGAGGCCCAGGAGCGGAGCCAGCGGGGCAACCUGCGGCUGCUUCGGGAGACUCUGGGAAAGUGUGAAGAAAUACAGCGGCAGCUCCCCCACGUCAGCUCCCCCGACCUGAGCAAUCCCAAAGGUGAUGACUUCAUGAAAGACGCCGUCGUGAGGAAAAUGAGUCUGAACUUCUGUGAGGAUGCAGGCAUGAAUGAGACAUCUGACCCUGGCACGUCUCGUGCAGCCUCAGUGCCGUCUUCUGCUUGCCAUGACCCACCCGAUGGACACGCAGAAGGUUACUAA